CAAAUUUAGCCACUAGAGCUCAGUCGUCACCGCCAUAAAACGAAACGGCAAAACUGAGCGACGGAGGUCGUCGGCCGGUUUUGGAUGGCAGCGAGAGCAACGCCGAUUAUUCUUCCAGCUCUUCAAUUGAAAGCCACAGACUCAAAUGGCGUAACUCCUUCUGGGAAUUCAAUCUUUCUUCCUCGUCUAUCAAUUUCAAAGCCUUCUUGGAUCGUCAGAACAGAGUCAAAUGUUAGAAGAGAAAAAAUAAAGAAGCCAGAUCCACCUUGUGUGAUAUGCAACGGAAGUGGUAGAGUUGACUGUCACCAUUGUUGUGGAAGAGGGAGGACAAAUUUUGUUGACUUAGAAAUGCUUCCAAAAGGGGAAUGGCCAAAAUGGUGCAGGACUUGUGGAGGGAGUGGUCUUGGCUACUGCUCCCGUUGCCUUGGGACGGGAGAGUAUCGAUAUAUUAUGGGGUUCCAAUUCAUGAAGAUGGAGAAUGAUGAAAGUAAAGAUCCUAAAAAGUACGAGGAUCAAACAAAGCAACAUCCCAGAAAUGCAAAUCCAGAAAUUUGAGAGAAGUUUACAAUGGUGUGACAAUAAAAUACUAAUUCAAACUGAUGAAUUCCCUGUUUAGUAUAGAAAAAGUUGUAAUAUAGUUGGGGUAUAUGAUAAAUUUUUGCCCCUAUUUUAGGAUGUUUUUCGAGUUAAUAAUAUUGUAAUUGGCAAGAUGUGGUUGCGACUCAAGUCUAUUUGUUAUGGUCAUUUGGAAAUUAUCAAUUCCAAAAAAUCUUCUUUUCUUUUU